AUGCAGAAAACAAACUCAAAUAUAGAGGUGUUAAGGGUGCAAGCACUAUCAAUUCUCUGUACACCUCACCCUUUUCUUGAUUUUUCUUUCUUAGCUCCCAUUCAAGAUAAAGUUGAUCCAUGCUGUGACACAAAGGACCCAAUAAGUGACAACGCGUCUUUUGAUUUUGAUGGCUUUGCUUUCAUUCAACAUAAUCUUAAUCCAUAUUGUAGCACAAAAAUACAAAUUAACAGCGAUUCUUUUUUAGAUUUUGAAGUCUUUGCUCCCGUUAAAGAUAAAUCUGAAUCAUAUUGCAGCUCCAAUCAACAAAUUCACAAUAGUGAUGGAGAAAAUACUGAAGAGCGAGAAUUUACUUUUUCAUGCACUGAUGUCCAAGGUAUGGAAAUAUUUGCCGAUGACAUAUUUGAAAAUGGAAAAAUGCGAACAUUACUCCCUACUUUUAACCAAUCUCUUCAAUUCUUCCCCACCACAAAUAACAAUGCUUCACAUCUUCGACCUCCCAUAAAGAACAUCUUUAUUAUGAAUUCUAUAAGUCCAAAAUCAAUAUCGGGUGGUGGUAUUUCUAAAAAAACUCAAAAUGAGUUAUUGCUAAAUAUGACAAUUAAAAGUUCAAGUGAUUGCUAUGAAAAAAGCAACUCCACAGGGUCAUCAAAUCUAUGGAGACUUAGACAAAAUUUGAAUCUUCGAAGUAAUAGUGACCAUAUGGAUUCUUAUGUCAUAUUGAAUCCUUCGGUGCCAAAAACGAUAAUCAAGCCCAAGGUAGAUGACAUCAUUGUUAAAAAGAGAAAGGGUGAUCAACCCAAAAAUACAUUAUCGGCUUAUGAGAAGCUUUAUGUGAAGAAUAAAAUGAGAAAAGGAAUAAAUAAACGAAGAUCAUUCUUGCCAUACAAACACAAUAUAUUUGGAUUCUUUACCAACAUGCACGGACUGAGUAGGAACCUGCACCCCUUUUGA